GACAUAAUACUUUGCACGCUUGUCGCUGCCCAAUUUGGAAAUAUUUUUGACCCUAUGUUGAUUCUCCUCCCUUCUUCGGUAUCUGUUAGUGUGACCCUUUAAGCGGCCUUUUUUUUCUUCCUUUUUUGGGACACCUUACCCCUUGCGUGUGGCUUUUUGAAGGUCUCUCGGACUGCAACUUUUGUGAACCCCCUCGCAGGUAGAAGCGGUGUGGUCAGUGCCCAGCUGGAACACUCUCCAGGAUAAUCACCAAUUUGCCGCCAAGCCUGUUUGGUGAAAGCACCCAAUUUGAAGAAGCGGCGAAGUGGCGAAGCGGCGAGGCGCGACCCAGUUGAAGAAUUCCUUUACAGUGCAGAGGGGCAGAAUGGAAAAAAGCUUUAUCAUGGUGAAACCGGAUGGGGUUCAGAGGGGACUGGUAGGAACCAUCAUCGAGCGGUUCGAAAAAAAGGGAUACAAAAUGAUAGCCUUAAAGAUGCUGAACCCGACGAAUGAAAUUCUUAAGGAGCAUUACAAGGAGUUAGCAGACAAGCCAUUUUUUAACACCCUCAUAGAGUACAUCAGUAAAGGGCCCGUUGUUGCUAUGGUUUGGGAAGGCGUCGAAAUUGUGAGUCAAGGCAGGAAACUCAUUGGAGAAACGAACCCUUUGAGUAGCAACACUGGAACUAUUAGGGGGGAUUUCUGUCUGGAGGUCAGCCGAAAUGUUAUUCACGGCAGUGAUUCCGUUGCGUCGGCCAAUCGGGAAAUUAACAUUUGGUUUAAGGCCGACGAGUUGGUGCAGUGGAGUCACCACUCGAAGCCGUGGAUCUACGCGUAG